UAAAAGCCCAGCCGUGCCAAAGCUCUCUCGAAACCCUAGCCGCCACCAUCCACCAAGGCACCAACCCACAGCACACAUCACACGUACGCGCCGACGGCGUACGCCAUGCAGCGCGCCGCCGUAAGGUUCGCUUCCAUGGCCGGCCGGCGCUUCGCUGCGUCGGCCACCCGCCCGGGGCUCCCAACUGGCGCGGCUCCUCUUUGGCCUGCCGCGGCGGUGGUCAACGGUACCACGCGAUUAUCCAUCCAGCCAGCUUUUGCUGCUGCCGCGGCGGCUCUGUGUGCCCGGCGCGGUUACGCGGGCAGGUCUCUGAAGACGAAGACGGUCAGCAAGGAGGAGGAGGAGGAGGACGACGACGGCGGCGGCGGCGACUUCUUCGAUAUGUCCUGCGACGAGGACUCCGACGACGACUCCGACAGCGACGAUUUGGAGGACGCUGAUCUGUAUGCUUCCGGAAGUGACGAGUAGGAACCAGUGAAGAAGCGCGGGAGGUGCUGACUGCUGAGAGCUCGGCUCCGUCGAGAGAUUUUGUUGUUUCGUUUCUUUCUCGAGAUGGAGAACAAAAUAAGCCAUGCCAUUUUACCACCAGGCAUGCUCAACAUUAAGUUGUACUCGUCAAUUGUUUGUAGUACCUAAAUUUCAGCUUGUUGAAUCGUCAAUUUAUUGAAUUUCAGAGUGA